AUGGUGACUAACCGUACUCCUCCUUGUCUCCCCCCCUUCGUAGCUCUGGUGUUGCCCAGGGCAGAGCAGCUCCUGCGGGGCAGCGUCCAGCCCUACCUCAGCUCCAUCCUGGAAGCCUUGAUGGAGCCCACCAGCAGAGGCUUCUCAGAGGUCCGAGACGUCUUCUUCAGAGAGCUGGUGGAGGUCAGCAAGAACACGCUCAACGGAGAGGGCAAGGACAAACUGGGGGAGGUGAGUGGACGACCGGAGGGCUUGAAAACACAAGUUGGAGUUCACUCCUUGGUGACCUCUGUGACUGUUCCAUAAAAUGUACUGUAGCUCUGUCUUGGAGGAUCUAUUUAAGUGCUCGGUGUUGCCAUGUCCUCAUCCGCUCUCCCUACUCUCUACCCUCUCUCUACCCCCCCCAUUCCUUUCUUUCCCCUCUCUCUCGCUCUCUCGCUCUCUCUCUCUCUCUCUCUCUCUCUCUCAGCACAUGGAGAAGAUCUCUAUGCUGGCAUUCCACCCGGUGAAGAUGCAGAGCUGCUAUGAGAAGGUGGAGCAGCUGAGUCUGGAAGGGCUGCAGCAGAGAUUUGAUGUGUCCAGCCCCUCCGUGUUCAUCCAAAGGGCUCAGAUCCUCAUGAGAGAGGUGAGAUCUUAACCCACAAAUCCCACUACCUGGUAGGCAUGGAUCUGCUCUGCCACACCAGACCACCAACACUGUAGUUAUUGUUCUUACUGCACUUUGACAUUCUUUUUCUUACUGCACUUUGUGACGGAUUGUAGUGGCCCCAUCUGGUGGCGUGAGAGGGUAUUUCAGGAACACCAUAGGAACUUAUGUAGCAUAAAAUGGAACCACCCAAUGUCUAUAUGGGCUACGUGAGAUCAGUGACAAUCUGUCUUUUUCCCCAAUGUAUCACUAAUAACCUCUCUCCUCUGUGUAACAGCAAAUGGACAACGCUGUGUACACGUUUGAACAGCUGCUGCACCAGAGUCUGGAGGGAAAGGGCCAGAGAGGAGAGAACCUUUGUAAGACCAUCCAAUGCUGUCAGGACAGAGUGCUCAAGGUUAGUUAGUUAGACUGAGGGUGGAUUAGGAUGAAGGAGAAUGACUGAUUUGAUUGAAUGAUUGAUUAAGAAUAGAUUGCCCAUUUAAUACGGUUGCAAAAGUUUUUCCCUAAAUAAUAUUGGUUGGAGGAUUUCAGAUUUCCUGCUUAUUCUGAUUCCGGGAAUAUUCCAAUCAGGAGGCCGGAAACCCUGGACAUUUUUGGAAAUGUACCGCAAUUUUGCAACCCUUGCCAUCAAGGAUAAAAGAGUCUAAUGUCUUCUGUCUGCGUCCCUCUGUCUGUCCCUGUCAGAAAUAUGACUAUGACAGUAGCACGGUGCGUAAGAAGUUCUUCAGAGAGGCCCUGCUACAGAUCAUCAUCCCCUACAUGCUGAAGCAGCUCACUCCCUCCUGCCAUCCGGUGAGGCUCACUGAUUAUAGUCUUUUACCAGCUAUCCUCGUCUCCCUAAGACAGAUACCCCUCAGACUCUAGCCACCCCUUUACUCUAUGGUUCAGUCUCAUAUGGAACCCUAUAGUCGAUGUAGUGCACAACUUACGACCCAGGCUCUGGUAGUGCACUAUAUAGGGACUGGGGUGCCACUUGGGACGUUACCUAUGUCUAGUGCAUUAGUCUGUAACCUCUCCUCUCCUCUCUCUCAGGACUUCCCUUCCUUCCAGGAGAUGAUCUUUGAGGACUUCUCCCGGUUCAUCCUGGUGGAGAACGUGUUUGAGGAGGUGGUGCUGCAGUCUGUCACCAAGGACAUCAUGAUGGGUGAGUGGUGGACACUGGACAAGCAUUGGAGACACUGGCCUGGCAUAGACUAGACUAUUCGUAAAGUAUCGCAGGGUAGGACUGCUAAUCUAGGAUCAUUUUUGUUUUUUAGAGCACACGGAAUAUGAUUAUAUCAGGGAGGACCUGAUCUUAGAUCAGCAGAUUCAGCAGUGCUUUUCUGAGGCGAUUUGUGAAUACGGCUCUGAUGUAAAUCUGAUACAACUGAACUGUUAUAAUCAUAGCAUGGUAGUGAUUCUCUCUCCCCUCUGUGUGCCUACAGCUGUGAAAGAGGCGGCGGUCCAGAAGAGACACAACCUGUACAGAGACAGCAUGAUCCUGACCAACAGCGACCCCAACCUCCACCUGCUGGGGGAGAGCCCUUCGGUAGACUGGGCCGCCCAGUUCGGUGGUGGGGAUGAGGAGCCUGACGGGUCCCUGGGAGGAGGUGGCCGGUCCAACUGGCGGCGCAGGCAAGUGGUCUCCAUGAUCCAGCUGGACGGGAUGGGCCCGAUGCCCUACGAGUCGUGCUUGGAGGUGCCGGGAGUGGAUUUCAUCCCCGAGGAGGGGGAGAUGGAGGAGGUGGGAGCGACCCCCAUGGAACCAGAUCCAAAGACCCCCACGGAACUAGACCCCCCCAAGGAGCCUGAUUCCCCAGACAGCGUGCAGCAGAUCCGUUUCCUCAUCAACCCGGUGGUGGAGAUGGUAGUCCCGGCCUCAGAGGAGGACUUGGCUGUUCUCACCAAUGGGACAGAGCCGAGGAUGCUGACUCUGGAGGAUGGGGAGGAGGAGGUGACACUCAUCACCACCGUGGUGGAGGAGGUGCACAGUAAGUCACUGCAGUGGAAAAGUGCCCCACAGGAAGUGAGCGAGCAGCUGAUAGAAACAGGUCCAAACCAGGAAGCUGAGGGGGAGCUUCAGGAAAAGGGGGAGGCAGCUAUUGAGGGCAAGGGGGAGGAGGGCGAGGCGGCCAUUGAGAACACCUUACAGGAAAUAGUGAUACAGGAAGAGGUCGGAGAUUUACAGGAGGAGAGGCAGGAGGAGGUGGAGGCAGCCAUUGAGGGUGAGUCAUCCAUCGAGGGAGAAGAGGAGGAGGCUAUUGAGAACGCCAUACUGGAAAUAGAGAUGGCUGUACAGGAAGAGGACGAAGAGAGGAUAACGGAGUGUGCCGUAGACUCCAUCCCCCGGCACCACAACGACAGCGGCUUCCAGUCACUUACCAAUGAGGCCUUGGAUGAGGGCGAAGCUCAGCCAAUGAUGGAUGCUCUGAAAACAGAGGACUCUCUAACCGACCCAGGUGAGGUGGUGGUGGUUGUAGAGCAGGGAAACACUGCACUUCACGACGACUCUGAGACCGGGGAAGACUUUGCUGGGAAAACAGAGGAGUACGAGACCGAAAUUCUAUAUGAGAUUUGAAUGGGAAGACAUAAAAAAAAUAUAUAACGUUCUACCCGAUGACAUCAUCAAAAGUUUAAAAUAAAAGUGGAAGGAAAAAAACACUGAGAUUCGCAGUGACGUGCGGAGCAAGAAAAUACCCUCCCUUGGGUUAGAAACUUAUUGCAGGUUUUGAAAAAUCACUGUUUUUUACUUUUAAUCCUACCCUGUGAUGUCACAGAGAAGCAUUUUUUUAGGACCUUAUCUUUUUAACCACAGCUCAUAGAAACCCACUGUUUUCCCAUGUAGACACUGGUAUGGUGA